UGAAAGUGAAAGUUAAAGUCAGAGCUGCAGUUCAGACACGUCUCUGAGUUUAUCUGUAAAGAAAUCUAACCUGAGUUCAUCGGGACUUCCACAGACACUGACUCCAACACUGUGUGCGAAGAUGUCUGCUGCCAGCAAUCUGCGCUCUGAAGAUCAGUUUCUGUGCUCCAUCUGUCUGGAAGUGUUCACUGAUCCAGUCUCCACACCAUGUGGACACAACUUCUGCAACCAGUGCAUCACUCAGCACUGGAACACCAAGGUCAUCAGUGACUGUCCCCUGUGUAAGAAACAGUUCAGACCAAGACCUGAACUCAACGUCAACACCUUCAUCUCUGAGAUGGUUUCUCAGUUCAGACGUGAAGCUGAACUCAAAGCCAGCAGCAGCUCAGAGCAACAAGCUGCCAAACCAGGAGAAGUUCCCUGUGACGUCUGCACUGGAACCAAAGUGAAGGCCCUCAAGUCCUGCCUGGAGUGCCUGGUCUCCUACUGUCAGACUCAUCUGGAGCCUCAUCUGACAGUGUCAGGCCUGAAGAAACAUCAGCUGAUGGAGCCUGUGGAGAACCUGGAAGGCAGGAUGUGUCUGAAGCACCAUAAACCUCUGGAGCUGUUCUGUCAGAGAGAGCAGACAUGUGUCUGCAUGAUGUGCUCUGUUUUAGAGCACAAGAACCACGAGUUUGUUCCUCUGAGUGAAGAAUGUGAAGGAAAGAAGAAGGAGCUGAGGAAGACAGAGGCUGAGAUGCAGCAGAUGAUCCAGGAGAGACGAGUGAAGAUCAAGGAGAUCAGAGAGUGUGUGAAGAGGAGUAAAGCUGCUGCAGACAGAGAGAAAGCAGAAGGUGUUGAGGUGUUCACUGCUCUGAAGGAGUGUGUUGAGAGAGGCCUGAAGCAGCUGAUGGAGAGGAUGGAGGAGGAAGAGGAAGCCAGAGAGAAACAGGCUGAAGGUCUCAUCAGAGAUCUGGAAGAGGAGAUCUGUGAGCUGAUGAAGAGGAGCUCAGAGAUGGAGCAGCUCUUCCUCUCUGAAGACCACCUCCACCUCCUCCAAGGCUUCUCCUCCCUGAAAGCUGCUCUACCCACCAAGGACUGGACAGAGGUCAGCGUCCGUCCAUCAUCAUAUGAGGGGACUGUGGUGAGAGCUGUGGCUCAGCUGGAGGAGACUCUCAGCAAAGAGAUGAAGAAGCUGUUUGAGGCUGAUCUGAAGAGGAAGCAGCAGUUUGCAGUGGAUGUGACUCUUGAUCCUGAUACAGCUCAUCCUCAACUCAUCCUGUCUGAUGAUGGAAAACAAGUGAGUCAUGGUGAUGUGAGGAAGAAGCUUCCAGAUAAGCCAGAGAGAUUUGAUUAUUGUGUGUGUGUUUUAGGAAAACAGAGUUUCUCUUCAGGUAAAUUUUACUUUGAGGUUCAGGUUAAAGGAAAGAUUAACUGGGAUUUAGGAGUGAGCAAAGAGUCCAUCAACAGGAAGGGAGAGAUCACACUGAGGCCUGAUAAAGGUUUCUGGACAAUAUGGCUGAGAAAUGGAAAUCAAUACUCAGCUCCUGCAGUGCGUCUGUCUCUGAGUUCUGCUCCUGAGAAGGUGGGGGUGUUUGUGGAUUAUGAGGAGGGUCUGGUCUCUUUUUAUGAUGUAGCUGCUGCAGCUCUGAUCUCCUCCUUCACUGGCUGCUGCUUCACUGACAAACUCCUCCCAUACUUCAGUCCCUGUUUUAAUGACGGUGGUAAAAACUCUGCUCCUCUGAUCAUCUGUCCUGUCAAUCAAACUGUCUGAUGAGGAAGAUUCACCAACAAUUAAUGAGCUUGUUGGAAAGUAAAAGAUUGACUCUGAUUGAUUUGAUCAAAUCCAGAUGUUCAGUCUGCACUAAACUCACAUUCUUCUCUUCAGUCUUUGAUUAUUGGACCAUUGUUUGAAUGAAUCCAGACCAAUCAGUCAUGAUGUCCACUUCCCUGAUAUGAAGUGCUGAAGCUGCCCUGACCCACUGAGACAUGGACUCCUCUACACCUCUGAAGACCUGCUGGUUUACCUGGCACCAGGAUGGAGCAGCAGCUCCUUUGACUAUCCUUUGAAGACUGUGUCCAAAAGUAUAACAUUUCUAUUUCAAGGAAAGACUUUGCCAACUUAUGUAAAGCAAUUCCUAUUCCCUUACUCCGUAUGAUACAAAGUAACUUUCAGUCCUCUGUUACCUCCCCUUCUCUACCUUCUCUUAGAGUUGGUGAGGUUAACUUAUUGGACAAAAAAUGUGACAACCAAAACAUCAGUUUGACCUUUAAAAAGAAAAAUUGGAAUGGUUUUGAUUCAUGCUCGUUACGUAAUAUAGAUAUUUCUCUGAGGAAAAAGUCUUUCUCCUUCUACCUUUCAUUCCCUGUCACCCCUAAAGUAAAAGAAACCCAUUUUAAGAUUAUAUCAGCAAUAUACCCUGUUAAUGACUUCUUUAAAAAAAGAUUUGGAUUUGAUGUGUACCCCUGUACUUUCUGUUCAACUGAAAGUGAAACAUUAGACCAUCUGUUUUUUAAUUGUUCCCCAGUCAACAUAUUUUGGUGUGAAAUUCAUAAUUGGCUGUCCCUGAAAAUUGAAAACAUUCCUCCAUUUACUUAUAACGAUAUUAUCUACUUUAUGGACAAUCUGGACACACAAUUUUCGGAUGUCAUCAAUCUUGUGGUUAUUUUGGGUAAAUACUAUUUACACUGCUGUAAGUGGAACAACACUAUUCCCUCCUUCAUUGCUUUCACCCACUCCUUGACCACAUACUUUAAAUCACUGAAAAAGAUGGAAAAACUUAAUAAGAAAGCAAAAAAAUUGAUCACAACUAUUUCUAAAUCCUUGCUUUUUUGAAAUGUUGUGCCUGCAUCUUGUGCCUUUGUUUACUGUUCUUUUAUUCUUUUAUUUUUGCAUAUAUAUAGUGUCCAUUUGCUGUAAAUUUCUGUUUACUGUGCCAAAUACACUAGUUUGAAUUGUGUCUAUAUAUUUUGCACCCUGACUUGUUUUGUAAAUACUUUGUUCUAAAUAAAGAUUUGAUUUAAAGAACAAAAAAAAAAAAAAAAAAAAAAAGCAGGUCCUUUGACUCCUUUGACUUGUGAGCUGUUAGCUUCUUGGAUCAGACUUGUUUGUCCACUGAGUGAGAUGUGGGGAAUUCAGAGGCCAAGUCAACUUUUCAAAGUGGUUGUUGUGUUCCUCAAAGCAUUCCUGAAGCCUUUUAGCUCUGUGGCAGGGUGAGAAAUGAAAAGGAAGAAGGAAGGAGAAUAAGAAGGACUGAAUACAAUCCAUGUGACAAACACCAUCCAUCCAUCUUCUCCACCUCUUUCUCCAGCAGAAGUUCAGGGGCUGUUGUAGGAACUAGCAGCUUGAUCAUUUGUCUCACUGUGGACUGCUAAAUGUCUCCAAUCUCUCAGAUGACUUUGUGUCUUCUUCCAGCUUCAUGCAGCUCAACAAUUCUUCACAGAUCUUCUUCUUGUGAUGCUUCCUUCACAUCAGCAGAUGUUUCUUGUGUUUGGUGUUUUUCUUGGUCACAGUUGUUCUUCAGUUUGGAUCAAUCUUUCAUCUGAACUCAAGUUAACAUGUUUUAGACUCAUUAUCCUGAAAGUUCAUUUAUUUCUUCCAGCAGCUGUGAGAAUGUUUAAUGGAUAUUUUCAAUAAAAAUGUAAUGAAAUGUU